GAGUGUCACGUGAGAACGCGGAAGCGGCACGGAUUGUGGGAGCGCGCGGAGAGGGAAGGCGACGAGGAGAGACAGACGAGAGAGGGACGAGGAGAGACAGACGAGGAACAUGGUGCUGAUUGUGGCACUGCAUGUCACGUUGUUGCUGUUUGGCGUGGGCUUUGUGUCUGGUCGUAUGCUGCCUGAUCAGCACAACGACCUACGCAGCGACCCAGAAAUUUACAUGAACAUUAGCGAACUUAUUUCUAGUAAGGGAUAUCCGAAUGUGGAGUACAAGGUGGAAACUGCAGAUGGGUUUAUCCUGAGUGUGAACAGAAUCCCACGUGGACUGAAGGACAACACGGCAGCAGUGCGUCGCGCCGUGCUGCUGCAGCACGGGCUGUUGGCUGGCGGAAGCAACUGGGUGUCCAACUUCGCCCACGACAGCCUGGGCUUCAUCCUGGCCGAUGCCGGCUACGACGUGUGGAUCGGAAACAGCCGCGGGAACACCUGGUCGCACCACCACCGUACCCUGACGCCUGAUCAGGAGGAGUUCUGGGCGUGGAGCUACGAUGAAAUGGCCUCUUUGGAUCUCCCUGCCGUGGUGGACUUCAUCCUCAACGAGACCAAACAAGAGCGGUUGUUCUACGUGGGGCACUCCCAGGGAACCACCACUGCCCUGGCUGCUUUCUCUUCCAACCCUAAACUGGCGAAGAAGAUCAAGCUCUUCAUAGGGCUUGCGGCUGUGGUUAACGUCCACCACUCCACAAGCCCCAUGGCUAAACUGGCUGACGUUCCGGAUUGGCUCAUCGAGGCGAUUUUUGGAAAAAAGGAGUUCCUGCCUCAAAAUGACAUUCUCAAAUGGCUGUCGGCAGAAGUCUGUGACAAGGCAAUCAUCAAAGACUUGUGUGAAAAUGUUUUCUUCGUCAUUUGUGGUUUUAACGAGAAGAACAUGAACGUGAGUCGAGUGCCAGUUUAUACCUCUCACUGCCCAGCUGGAACCUCGAUUCAGAACAUGCUUCAUUGGCGACAGGCUGCAAGGUCGGGGCGCUUUCAGGCCUACGACUAUGGGAGCUUGUGGCUGAACAUGAAGCAUUACAAUCAGGCAACGCCUCCUGCGUACAACAUUAGCGCCAUGACGGUGCCCACGGCCCUGUGGUCGGGCGGACAAGACUGGCUGGCCGAUCCCACCGACACCGCCGCUCUCCUCGCCAAGAUCCCCAACUUGGUGCAGCACAAGGUCCUGAAGGACUGGGAGCACCUGGACUUCAUCUGGGGCAUGGAUGCCCCGAAGCGCCUCUUCCCCGACAUGCUUAAGCUAAUGGAGAAGUAUAAGUACACAUGAGAAACCAACCCAGUGAAAAGCAAGGGGUGAGUUGAGUACGAUAUUAAUUCGCCAAUUGCUAGUAGCCGAUCGUGCAUGUUAAAUUGGCCUUUUUUACAUACAUUUUCAAGGAAUAGGUUUAUAGAGCCCAAUAGCAUGAGCAGCCUGGGUGGUUUGACUUAACAAUUUGGGACAUUUUAUCCGUGAGAGGAUCUCACCAUUACUCACGCUGUUUUUAAAUUAGAUUUUAGUCGCAAAUAGAUACCGAAAUAAAAUUACUUAUUGUGAAUUACAUGUGCAUAAUUACACAAUUGGUGCCUUAAAGUUUGCAUGAAAAAAAACUAUUUUAAACUGCACGAGUAUAGCUGUUAAAUUGCGUAAAUGUAACUUGUGUUUUUCCAGCUUAAUCACCCUCAAAGGCAUCGCCAUUGUCACCUUAGUGAUUAGCACUGUUUACUUCGCCCAUUGCCACCAUCAUAAUCACUCCUCACACCCCGCCACUAUCGUCACCCAUAUUACAAUCACUGCUGUCAUCAACACCACCAUCAACAUCGUCGCCAUCAACACCAUCAUCACUAUCACCGCAACAACCAAACACAUUACUGCAGAGUACUACCAUUGUUCACAACAUCCUCAACCUGAAAAUGUCAUUACCAUCCCUACCCACAGCCAUCAUCACGCUCAUCAUGAAUGCAGCACCACUGGUAGCAUUAUCGCCAUUUGCUCCUGUUUCUACUGAUUUGGCGAAAUAGCAGAUCAUUAUAAUAUUGGAAUCAGGCCCACAUCACAUAAUUAUCAAUCAAGUCUUCAUAAUUAGUCCCAUUACUGAGAAACUGUGUCCUUAUAUUCAAAAGUAUUACGUGUAACCCAUUGAGAGUUCAAGAGAGCAGGAGAGUCCUCAUUGCGCGAGUGAUCUGGGUCACCAAAGUUAAAAAAAAUAUUUAGAUCUAAGCAAAGCAAUGAAGCAAAUACGGAUCAGAGCAAAAACAAUCAUGUUGCAAAAGGAAUCGAAAAACAUGCUGUGUAAAAUAAAAAAAAUACAUUUUAUAAAAACCAUUCACAGUAACAGUAUAAAACGUUUCAGUACAAUUAAGUUGCAGAAACAUAAAUAUAGAUUUCAGGUGAUUUUUGCCCUCGUAUGUAAACGGACGAGGAUAUGUAUUAAAUAAAUCCAUGAUUGUCUCAGCAUAACAACUUUAAUACCUCCCAUAGUGUGGCUUAAAUUACCCGUGAUAUUUUACUGGAACAAAGUGGAACAUGCAAAAUUAUUAUAGAAAUACGUAAACCAGACGUUCACUCACCCGGUUUUCCCACCGUUGACCUGGGCUUUUGGAGGCACAAAAUAUACAUUAAAGGAAUUGCCAAUGACUUAAAUCAAGGCUUUAAAUACAGGGGACCUCCAAUGCGGUUUGUGCUGGCAAUGAUCCCAAUAAUUACGUAAUUACGGGUAUAUAAUAAAGUAGAAAAAUUGUGCUUUUUCUUACUUUUUAAAUCUGCGAUGCAGCUUUUGUGUUUGUUGCUGAUUGAUUAUACUUUCUUCAUCUAAAAUUUUACUUUUUAACAUGUCUUUAUUUUACCAGGUAAGGUCCACUAAGCUAUAUAGUUAUUUUUCAGAAGUGCCCUGGCCACAAAUUAUAGCUCAACGAAGUGGCUUAUCCAUAUGGAAAUGUAUUGUAGCCAAAUACUCGAAACGCAUGUUUCUAUAUGUGAAAAAUCCACGCGACCACAGGGAGAACAUACAAACUCCUAAUAUACAGGCAUCACAUUCGAGAUGGAACCUGACGCUUGGAAAUCCAGUCAUAGGUUGUUACAUGGCUGUUUCCUUGUAAACUAUGACUGGAAGAGCUUAACUUGCACAGACUGUACAUGGACACCGUCGUGCACAGACCUGGUCACCUAAGUUUGAUCCCUCGUCUUGGGCCUCCCCUAGCUCAUUCUUAAAUGAGGAUCUGUGAAUUUUCAUAAUAAGUACUGGGGAGAUGUAGGCAGCUGAGUAUAAUGAUGGCCACUCCCCGCCCCCUCGCGUGCCACACCAGAUUUAAUAUAUGCUCGCUAAAAUACUUACCUUAGGAGUGCGUGUGGCUCUGUGGGGACCUGUGUGUUCGCACGCACCACCUGGAACAUUGUCCACGUGGUGACCUUUUUUGUUUCGCAAUGCAAGAGGAAAUGUCUGAUUUUGGCAUGCUGUAGUGAUGUACACGUCUCCUUUGUUCACGCAACAAUAAAUACCAUUUUACGUACAGCUUUUUUUUAUCGCAAUGUAAUUGCUUCGAAUUUGAGAGGCAAAGAACUCGGAAAAAACGUGAAAGGAGGCACAGUGAAUUCAGUGAUUGAAAUGUACAUGCAGAAGUGCUGAUAUUAAACCCGCGCAUCCUACAGCACAUGUUCACUUGCACGGAAAUGGCCAGAUGUGCGAGAUAGUGUUUGCUUUGUCUGAAUUGAUUAAAAUUACUCGGGGGGUGAAUUGUAUUGCACAUGUGUUGAAUAUUGUUUUCAAUUUAAUAUUUCACAGUAUUAUUUAACCAUUAUCACUCAAUUUACCAACAGACAAAUCCAUGUUUCUGAAUAGAACCACUGAAAGCAGGACAGGAGGUCGUGUUGAAAUGGCCGAAUUGCUUCAAAUUAUUUAAAUUGUACCAAUGCUAUUAAACAAUGGGUAUGACACCUGCUCAUCCA